AUGAGGAUCCGCAAGCCUCCGGCCAUAGGCGGGCAGCAGGCCAGGCGGCAAAGCAGCAUAGUGGUGGCGGCGGGCGGGACAGCCGCCCGCGACUCUAUCCAGCUCGCCACCGCCCGCCUGCCUGCAGACGUCAAUCGGGCGGCCUUUCUGUAUCAGUGGGCAUCAACGCUCACUACAAAUGGGAGGAACCUCCCGCUGGCUCUACCGCUGAAGACUGAUGUGCUGCCUGAUGGCUUCUCGAUGUCGCUGCUGCGGGUGGCCAAGGACGGUGCCGUGCUGUCGGUGGCAGACAUGGUGGCCACGGUGGAGGCGGUGGCGGGGUCUGGGGAUGUGCUGAUGGUGCGACUGUUUGAGGGCGAGGCGGCGGCAGAGCUGGGACUGACGGGGCGCGACCGCACCGCGCCGCCGGAGCAACGGCUGCAGACACUGCUGGAGGCGUGCGUGGACGUCUCAACGAUCAUGCAGACGAUGCAGGAUGCCAUUCGCCGUGCUGUGGUGAUGUCGCGGUGA